UUCAAUUCAAUCUGUAACAGAGCUGAUGUAUGUCAUGACAGUAUUGAUAAAAUAUUAAAGAUUUACAGGGAGCAAUUGAGAUAAAAUCGUUUUGUUGAUGGUGUCAGUUAUUGUUAACAUAUUCUUCAAUUGGAGCACUUUUAUAUCACUACUGUUUUUCUAUUUUCUUUUUUUUGUUAUUAUUUUCCGAUUCAUUGUCUAUAUAUAUGUAUGUGUGUAUUUAUAUAUGUGUAUAUACACCUUAGGAAAAACGAUUGUUAUACAUGGGAAAUCAUUUCUUGGCAACAGCGCAUCGGCUCGUCUACUUUCAUCGCUAUUCGUACAUAUUUCCUACCGUUAA